CACGCCGCCGUCUCGCCUCUUUCCCCUCCCGCAAGCCGCAGACAAGCCGCCGAGCGAGCGAGGGGAAGAUGUCGAAGUCGUGCAAGGGGCUGGCCAUGGAGCUCGUCAAGUGCCUCAGCGAGACCGACUGCGUCAAGGUGCAGAAUAGGCCCUACAAGGAGUGCGCGGGGGAGAAGGUGCCCUGCAUCACCAGCGAGUGCGUCGGCCUGCGGGAGACCUACUUCAACUGCAAAAGGGGCCAGGUUGACAUGCGAGCUCGGAUACGAGGGAACAAGGGCUAUUAAUGGUUGUGCAUGCAAGCUCCCUUAUCCAGUUGAAACUUCUAGCCAAAUUAUUCACUACAGGACAUCUUGUGUUCCGUACAUAAUUUUGAUCUCUCUACACAAUCAUAAUGUAGUUCAUAUUGUAUUUUCUUUGUGCUAGGAGAAAUGAACGUACUGAGCACACGAGCAGCAGUUUCACUUGAUGAGAGGGUGCAUCUCUAUUUUUCUGCCUAACUAUUGUCUUAUGGACCAUCAAAAAUGUUAAAUCACAAUUUAGUUUUC